AUGUCUCCCUCCCUCUUGCAGGUAUCUGCCGGAUCAUUCGUGUUUCUCUCCGUGGCGCACACGAUCAUGGGUAAGCAGUGGACAUCCGACCCCAGAUUCAAGGCUAUCGCAGGCACAAAGCCAUGGGCUAGUGGGACUGUGGGGUGGUACCAGGGUAGUGGAUUUCUACUUUUGACUGGUCUUCUUCACUGGCAAUGGUCGCGCGACCCUAGUCUUCUCCAAGACCCGUUGAACAAAGCCAUUGCUGGUCUGGUUAAUGUUGUGCUUUGGGCUAGCUCAGCAUGGUAUGCUAAGUAUGGGAUUAAUGACACUGCCUCGGUUGUCGGAUUAUGCGCUGCGUUGCAGGCCUGGGGUGUUCUAGUGGCUUGA